GCUUGCCCUUGUACGCCGUCGAAACGUCGCCCAGAACGCAGCAAACGACGAGAAAAGGCGCCAGAAAUUCACGGAAAAAGGCAACAUCAACCUCAUGGCGUCCUACGGAUCGUUCGGCGUGGAGCCGUUCGAAGAGGCGUCGGGCGGUCCUGGCAAGACGACCGCGUCGCCAGCAGAUCUCAGCGCGUUUUAUGCCGACAUGGAGCGCAAGGAGAAGCAGGACAAGCUCGAGAGGCAGGCCUCAAAGGCCUCCAAGAGAAAAUCUGGCUCUGGCCACGGUCUCUUCCACCGCAAGAGCACCAAGCGCGCCUCCGCAGUCCCCGCCGCGCCCCCGCCAGUGCCCAACCAGCUCUCCCCGAACGGCCUCCUGCACUCGCGCGACCCGUCACAGGACAGGUCCGACCUCGCCUCCCUCGCCACGCAUCCCUCCACGACAGACCUCGCCGCGGCCGCAUCAAUCAUCCCAGAGGUUCUCCCAGAGCGUCCCGACUGGUUCACGACCAACCACUGGGUCAUCUACCCCGGCCAAGUCGUCAAGUACACCAUCCACAACCCCGUUGGCCCCAGAUGGUACCGCAACCAGCACCUCAAGCCUCCCAGCGUAACACGCGCCCGACCGUCGUCAUUCUUUUCUCCCUCCUUUCCCCCCAUGGCGACCGCCUCCAUGCAAGAACGCUCGGAGGAUUCGGCUGGCUUGAGCAGAAGUCCGUCCAACUCCCCUCUCCCUACACCGAGCUCUUCACAAGUGCGCAUUGCCGCCGAUGUCAAUGGAAAGCCACGAUCACGGAAAACUUCGCUGACCGCUGCCCAUGAUACGGUCGACCUGCUGGACGCGUCCGACCCCUACGGUAUGAACUGGCACCAUCAGUCGCCCUAUGACGCGGGCAUUACAGCCCCAUCCGUUGUAGAUGUUGAUACCCGGUCCCGCGUCUCUAGCCUCAAUGGCGUGACCCGUCAUCGCACAGUUACCCCCUCGCCUUUGUCGCAGUCGACGUCCGCUGUCCACUUGCGUCCGCCACCGGCGGCAGAACAGGAGGGCACGGGGCCCCGUAUACCUCGCAAGCUCAGCAAGCGACGCGCGCCACUUUUCGGCGCUUUCCGCAAGGACAACAAGGACACGAAGUCCGCCACAAUCGACGAACGCGGUCCCAUUUCCAUGCCCAACUCCCCUUCUGAUGCGGAAAUCCCGGACAAGGCUUCCAAGUCCGAAGUCAAGCUCCCCAUAUCGGCGUCCCUCACGACUCUACCGACGUCGGGUGGCGAAUACCCGAAGCGCAUGUCGAUGUUGCAGGUACCGGCGGUCACCAAUAUCAAGAAAGAGCGCCGGGGCAGCGUGCUGGGGCGUAUCGCGCGGCGUUUCAGUGUCGUACGCAAGCCGCAGCACGAGCGGCAGCCAAGCAGCUCCUCGACACUGCAGGCCCCCGAGCAUGCGAAGGACGACAGUGUGAGCCAAGACAUACAGGAGUGGCAACACAUCAGUGCUGACGAUGCCAAGCACGACGGCAGGGAAUCAGGAACGCCAGCUCCGCCACCUGCAACUGAGGCGCCGACGCCCGAAGCAGCGCCGCCGCCAGUCGUGACGACCCCCGCGUCGCCCGUCGAGGUUGCGCCGCCAGCUGUUGAGCCCCCACGUGCGUUGCAGGACGCAGAUAACCGCUCCUCAGUAUCGAUUGAGGCACCCUUCUCGAUUGGCAGGCUGACUGUUGCCAACCCGGACGCGCAUGCAGAUUCGGGGAGCGAGGGCACACCCAGGAAGUCAGCUCCGGCGGAGUUGCCCGCUGAGCACCCGACAGCGAGGAAGCAGCACACCGCCCCCGCAGCGAUCGAGACGCCUGCUGUCCAUGCUGCAGCGGCUGCACGGGUCUCCCCGCCACCCGUUGACACGGGGCGGCCAAUGUCCGGUAAUUCGGCGAGUGCUAGUCAGCGGCCCUCGUCAUCCGUUCCUCCCCAGCCGACUCCCGUGAAAGAGUCGAAGUCCCCGUUUACCCCCACCCAUCGGAACAGCGAGAGCUCAGCUCGUCCCUCUAGGGCGUCGUAUGAGAGCCAGAGGACGUCACCGCCGGUCCAUCUUCCCCGCGCGAGCUCCUCUUCUCCAGAUAAGCGUCAUGCGGUCUCCCGUUCGCAGGACCUGGACACGUCGAAGAGCUCCCGUCGCUCGCAUGAGCGCGAGAGGACAAUCUCGGCGACGCGCCCCAUUAUCUCGUCCCCGAAGCCUAUGAUGUCUGCUGCGAAGCAUGCGUCGUCGCAGUCGUCGCCUACCCGUGGCAAGCGCUCCUCGCACUCGGCGCCCCCGCCAUGGGCUCCGCCGAUCUCGUAUAUGGGCAUGGACAAUACGCCGCUGUCCACAGCGUCGGUGAUUGCGAACCCACCUACGCCCCAGGUUAUGCCUAUCGUGCCACCGUCACCAUCCACGGUCGCGCCGACCUUGCCCCCGAAGGACAUUCCUGAACCCGAGUUCAAGCCUUCCGGCGAGCCUUCGCCGUCCUUGAGUGCCACAUACACUCGGCACACCGAGACGUUCCGGCUGGUGCGCAGCGAGUCGGGGAGGGUGUUUGCGUCCGCAGACACGAUUCAGGACGCCAUGGGCGAGCAGUGGGAGGUGAUGGAGUCACACAACCGGAGCUCGUCGAAGAGCAAGGGGAAGGAGCGUGACAGCACAGAUGCGGUGCGGCGGCAUUCGAAGGAGCAGCGCAGCAGCAAGCGCCGCGGGAGCGAGAGCCAGGUCACUACGCGCGCGAUGAGUCCCGAGACGCAGCAUGAUACCUCGCGCACGGAGGAGCCGAAGGCGACGCGCCGCCGCUCAGAGGACCGUCACCAGUCGGUCGAGCGCGUGUCCGUGAACAAGCCGACGCCGCCUACCCCCGCUUCGCCCCAGGCGCGGCCCCUCGAGCGCGCCUCGACUACGAGGUCGGUGCGACCCACAUCAGAGAUGCCAGCGGCGGACGACCUGAACGCGGUCCGCGCGCGCGAGGCGUGGGAGAUGGAGCGCCUGUUCAAGGCGAAGAGCUUGACGAACACCGACGAGUACAACUCGCGGCGCAUCAGUUCUGAGGCGUCGUCGACGCCGCCGCGGCCGAUCUCCAAGGAUCUGGACGCGAUGAUCGCGCACGGGGACACCGUCGUUGCGCAUGGGUCAAGCCACACGGCGUUCGUUGUGCAGCCGCUGCAGGGCAUGGGCGGGCGGAGGAACAGCGCGUCGGCGGCGCGGUCUGCGGAGCUGCCCCCGUUGGCGACCAACCCCCUGCCGGAGCCGCCUCGCGAGUCGGACUACAAGCCGGCGCCGUUCCCAGUGAUGAAGCUGGACACGAACCGAGCGCCCGAGCACUGGACCAAACUUCACGAUGGGUUGACGACCGCGCACUAACUGUGCGCAGACUCUCUACACUAGAGUCCCCUCCUCUUUAUGGUUUCCCUUACACAUAUUUACCCCCGACCCUCCACUGCCCCGGCAGCGCCCAGUCUGCAUGUACUAUGCCAUGUCUAUAGUUCAGACGCGAUGCUCGGACCUACGCUCACUUGCUCGGUUACGACUACUACAUAUCUAAGUACAUAGACCCAGAUACCACGGACGCUGUCUGCGUUGUUCUAGUUUGCUAUUUCACGAUGAUACACCUACUCUGCGACCCGGACAUCUGGUGCCCGUCCCAAGUACAUGUCCGCUGUAGUUUCCUUUUCUUCUUUUCCUGUCGGGCUCGCCGUCCAAGGUACGCUGUAGUUACGCUAAGGAUACUGGCGCCGUUGCUCACGUAGGACGUGGGUACCUUACUAUCUAGGUUAAUGCACCAUACUGGUUACCAUUCCUGAA